AUGUUAUUUGAUCCUAAUUUCGUGUACGAUGAACCUCAAAAACCUUUCUAUCUACUUUCUCAUGAAAACCCUAUUAAUUUUUCAACCAUUAAGAGAAUCCCAAAUGUCAUUGAUAGUGACAGCGAUAGUUGUGGGGCCAUAAUCCAUUUAUGGAACCCAUUUAUUAGAAGAUCCUUGAGUCUUACAACAUCAACUAUUGGUUUAGAGAAAUUCACAUUUAAUGAUUCUAGGCAUUUGGCUCUUGGGUUUGGUUACGUAUCUCAAAGGGAUGAUCAUAAGAUUGUCCGAAUCCUUUAUGUGGAGGAAGAGGAGAAUGGGUUUCUUAGCAGUGCAGCUGCACAAAAAAAAAUUGCUAAUAAAGAAAACAUUGUUCCAUUCGUUGAGAUAUUUUCACUCAGAAGUAAUACAUGGGAAAAGAUUGAAUCAUUCAUUUUUCCAUGGUAUUUGUGUGACUCUAUUUCAAGGGCUUUUGUCAACAACUGUGUCCACUGGAUGGCAUCUCACAUGGAUGGCAAUAGCAAUAAUAGCGAGCCAGUGAUUCUUUCAUUCGGUCUUCUGAAUGAAGUGUUUAGAGAAAUAAAGUUACCUGCUCACUACAAUUUUGAAGAGUCCAUGAUGGUCGAGGUUACUAUUUACAAAGGUAAUCUUUCACUUCUAUCCGCGCAUAACCCUAGUCUUGGCAACCUACAACAUUGUUUGUUGUUUGUAAUGGAGGAAUACAGGAAUGAAGCAUCUUGGACAAAAGAGUUUGAUGUUGUGUUGGACGGGUUUGUCCAUUUUCCAUCAUUGAUUACUGCUAACGAUGAAAUCGCCAUCAUCCGCACAAAUGUUGACGAUGGAAAAUCAGAAUUAUAUUUGCAUAAUUUUUGUAACAAUGAGAGUAGAGCAUUUGGUGAUGAUCAUAUUGAGGUACCAGAAAAUGUGGACUUUUUGCCGAUGAUUGGGAGUUUGGUUCUUUUGAAUUCUAAGAAUGAAAACAUGGAAUUGCAACAAGGAAUUUACGAUGAUGAAAAGGAAAAACAAGCUUUGGACAGCGCGUGA